UUUCUUUUGUAUCUCUUCGUUGAUUAUUCAAAUCUAGAAUCUAUUUAAGACAAUUUAAGCGAAUAACCAAUACUGAAACGAGAUGAUUUCUCUUUUAACUAAUUGCAAUAAAACAUUGAAAAUAGGGAGAAAUAUUUGUUGGUAUUAUUUUCAAGAACAUGAUUCGAUUAUAGGUUAUAAAUUACAAUAAUUUUUAUUGAUCUCACGAUAAAAAAUAGAUAUCGAUAAUGAUUACGAUAGAAUAUUCGAUAAAUUACAAUUGUUAUGUUUGAUAAGUUAAAUUUUCGAUAUAUAUCGAUAUUGUCUAUGGCCGCGAAAUAAGAUAGCCACAGAGGGUGGAUAUUCGACAAAUGUCAUCGGUAGUAAUUAAACAUUCCAAGUGAAUAGGAUUAAAUUUACCUAUUAAAUUAUUCAAAUAAAAUAUUUUGAAGUAAUUACAUACUCUACAAUCAUGAUUCGUUUUAUUUUAAUUCAAAAUAGAGCUGGUAAAACUAGACUUGCUAAAUGGUAUAUGAAUUUCGAUGACGAUGAGAAACAAAAAUUGAUUGAAGAAGUUCAUGCAGUAGUUACUGUUAGAGAUGCCAAACAUACUAAUUUUGUAGAAUUCCGCAAUUUUAAGAUUGUUUAUAGACGAUAUGCAGGUUUAUAUUUUUGCAUUUGCGUGGACGUAAAUGAUAAUAAUCUUUGUUACUUGGAAGCAAUUCACAAUUUUGUAGAGGUCUUAAAUGAAUAUUUUCACAAUGUAUGCGAAUUGGAUUUGGUGUUUAACUUUUACAAGGUGUAUACGGUGGUAGAUGAGAUGUUUCUAGCUGGUGAAAUUAGAGAGACCAGUCAAACUAAAGUGUUAAAACAGUUAUUGAUGUUGAAUUCCUUAGAAUAAAUCUAUUUAUAAUGUAUCGUCUACUGAUACUUUGAAGAUUGUUUAUUUAUCAUGAAAAUUGAUAAUUGUUUAAUUUACAAUGCGUUUAAAUUAUUGAAAAUAAUUCAAGAAUACUAUACUAUAGCUACGUUAUUCAUAAUCUUAUAAAUAAAUAUCGUAUUACGAAAGCACAAUAACAAUUAUAAACGUAAGUUUACCAUUCGAGUAUAAUAUAUGUUCCUAUUUUUUGUCUUAUUUAUGAAACAAUACAUAUAAUUAAAAAAUA